AUGCGCAUCCAGGAGUCCCAACCAUCCCGGCCAAAGCUGCCGCCAUUCAAUGCGAAGCACGUCAUAGCUGCCAAAGAGGCUGCAGAAAAGAAUACCCCUUCUAUUCCUGAAUUUUCGGAUUUGCUCGUGAACAAUUUUGCAACUGGACGAUCUAGUGGUGCUGAAGCAGCCUACCUGCAGAACAGGGGUUUGAUGUACAACCAUGCUGCUGGCCGGGAGGAAUGGCAGUGGCUGUCGAUCCUCUACCCCGAUGACCUUGCAGAAGCUAUUUACGCACAGGGCGAAGACAUUUUUCGCAAGUGCAUGUUUGGCGAUGUUGAUGCCAUGUGUUCGAAGGAGCAUUUGUUUGGAUGGAGCGACAAAGGCUACUGCUACAUGUUCUCGUCAUUGCAAGGGGACUUGAAAUGGGUCCACGAGAAGUACGGGCUGCACAAUUUUAGAGCCAAUGCAUGUUGUAGCACAUGCGGUGCCUUGAAGACAGCUGAUGACUUGAGUAUGACCAUUGCAGAUUUCAGGCCAGGAGCUUCUCAUGUUGGAACAGAGCCAAACUUGGAUGAGUUCUAUGCUAUGGACCCUUGCAUCUUUGAGCUUGCCACACGGGACCGUGUACUGCAUGACUGUAUGCACAGUCAACUUUUGGGGACUGGCAAGGUCUGCAACGGCAGUGCAUUGAUAUACCUUGCUGAAUCUGGCUACUGGGGCGCUUUCCCAACUGGCCGCGGAGCAGGGAAAUACGAUGAUUGUUUGGAGACCUGUUUGAGAGCUGCGCACCGAGACUUUAUUUUUUGGAAAAAAGGGCGGAAGAUUCAGACUUCUCAAUCGAGAUUUACGCCAGCUCGUUGUGGGCGUAAAAACCGGCAGCAGUAUCCAGCGCUAAACAACAAGGCGGCAGCUUCAAAGGCUUGCACAAUGUGGUUGGCGGAGAGAACAUGUGAGUUUGCUGCACGGGCCGAUGCCACGGAGCAAGACCAACUUGUAUGCACAACUGUUCACAGCUAUGCCCUGGCCUUGCUCCUCAUGGAUGAGACAGAGCUGUUGAUGAGCGAGGAGCGCGCCACGAGGUUCUACAACCUCAUGAUGAGGCACUUGCAGACUCAUGCACUACUCAACAAGAGAUCCCGACUCUUGGUUGGAAAAGCUGUUGGCCGAAACAUGUGGCUCAUAAUGCCAAAGCACCACCACCUUUUCCAUGCAGCCCAUCGAGUGCUCACUGAGAGAGUGAAUCCUCGAGCCUGGGCACUGUUUGCCGGAGAAGAUUUUGUUGGGCGUGUGGCCCGUAUAGCCCGUGUUUGUCACAGGUUGACGGUCAGCCAGCGGACGUUGCAACGCUAUCUUGCACUGGUCUAUUUGGAGCUGCAGAACUUGAAGUCUUGAGCGUUCAUGUGGAAAAAACAAGUGUUUUAUGUGUCUGUGCAGGGUGAGUUAGGGACGUGUGGGAUCUGUUGACUGAUGUUGACUCUUUGAGCCCAGGCUAUACAUCCAAAGGCACUGUCAGAGGUCCAAUCUGAGGGUUCGCCGAGGGUCCGCCCCAGACUGGGACCUCGCCAGAUUUUUGCGACGUCCCCACCUACCUCCGACGUCCCCCUGACGUUCCCGAUUCUUAGGGAGGGAUCAAUAACAAAACAAAUAGGGAUCAAUAAAAAAAUAAGUAGAGAUCAAGACAACAACAAGCAGGGAUAAAAAGAAGCAAUAGAGAAGAGAGAAAAGAAAUACAGAAAUACAGAAAGAAAGAGAGAAGGAAGGAAGGAAGGAAAGAAAAAAAAGAAAGAAAGACAGAAAGAAAGAAAGAAAUACAGAAAGAAAGAAAGCAAGAAAGAAAGAACGAAAGACACAAAGAGCGAAAUAAAUUGAAGUAGACAUUGAAGUAGAGCAGUGCUUACAUGAACUGCUUGCAGGACGCAUUAUAGGCAAUAUUCAGGUGAGAGCUAGGAGCCAUUCGAAGGUAGCAGACCUUUUUGUGAGCCACCUGGAGGAGGGAAGCGGCCAUUCCAAGGUAAGCCUUCCGAGGGCAAAACUUGGAGGAGGAAGGCGUCAGUCCUUUUGUGAGCCGCCCGAGAACCAAAUUUAGAGGAGGAAGGAGCCACUCGCUAAGGUAGCACGCCUGUGGCUCACAAAGGAGGCAGGCGCCAGAGCGGGCAAGGGAGUUAUUUUUUGAGCGCGCGAGUGAGGUGUGUGCAUUGGCGUCGUCAUAAUUCAGUAGGCAGUGGCGGCGCGUGCUGCCGAGAUCGCUUACUCAAGUCAGCCAGUGAGUUGCAAGCCAACCCCGACAAAGACCGCUGAAAGUUAGAGAAACAAAUAUCAAGAACGCCCAGACACAACCAACUGCACACAGCAACAUCCAAGCGCGGACCUGUCCUCCAAACUCCCACGAGAACGGCAUUUUUGUAAAGGUCCACCACGCUCUAUUUUAUUGCCCAGCGCCCUACUUCUCCU